AUGACUCUUGCUGAACUACUAUUAGCAAGGAGUACCACAAGACACAGCCUGCCAUACUAGGGGUUCAGCCCCUCCACCAGGCAGUGAAGUGAAGUGAAGUGAAGUGAAGUGAAGUGAAGUGAAGGCCAGCCAGACUUCAGGGGCAUGUGAGACCACAAACAGUCCCCCAUCAGAAGACUUCAGUGACUGAGACAGAAUGUAAGGAAUGAGGUGGUUCUUAAAUAACCUUGGGUGCAAGUUAUUUAAGUCAUUGUGAAUUAACACAGGCCCCUGGCCUGAUAGCAGAUUGGUUGCCAUUGUAGCUCUCUCAACAGGAGAAUAACAUCUUGCCAAUGACCUGCUCCUGUGAGAAAUCUGGCUGCUACAUUGUUUACUAGUUUCGGCUUCCAGACUGGAUUCAAGGGCAGAGCCAACUAAGAGUGUACAAAAUUGCGCUGUUCAUUCAAGAGCUGGUUAAGUGGUCCUGUCACAGGGACCAACCACAAAACUAGGAGAGAACCACUGGAACCCGGAGAGAAAAGCCCAGAUGCUGGAAAUGAGAUUUAUUCCAGGUCUGGAAUAACAGACGACUGUGAUUUCGGUACCUGUAUGUGAGUAUCUUAACUAGGAGUAGGCAUAUUGUAUCCAUAGGGGGUUUAUGUUCCGGAACAUCUUUUAUCUUGGCGACAGACAACAGAGAGCCAAAGGCAACAUCAUCCUGCAAAUCAGCUGGCCUGACCCUGACCACAGUGUGCCCUGAGAAGGAGCAUCUCUCCAUGCAAAAAAACAAAACGUUUUAGCUCUCAUGUUUUUGUUUGGGUAGUUUACAUAUCUGGGCCAAGAAAGUUAUUCUAUGAUCUCUAUGGGUAAAAAAAAAAUCACGUGACUCACACAGGCUUCUUCUUCCUUUUACCAGAGCGAAAAGUAGCAGUGCACCAGAAGAGAGACAGUGGCAGUAUCUUAUCUGA